GCUGAGUAAUGAAGCUUUUCUGAAGCCUCAUUCACUUCCAUUCAUUUCUAGCUCACGCUGCGCGGGUCGUUUGUGCUAAAACAGUUUUCUUCCAGAAGCUCAUGGUUCGUAAUGAUCAGACGUAAAACAUGAUGCGAGAGAUAGCAGCGGUGGUUUUCUUUCUGAAGAGGCUCGUGAAGAAAGGAGAGAAGCUGGAAUCCGACCAGGUGGAGCUGUUUGUCGAGAGGCUGGCUGUUGCUCUACAGGAGAAGUUCAAAGGUCACUGGUACCCAGAAAGCCCCAGCAGAGGACAGGCCUACAGGUGCAUCAGAAUAAACAGGUUCCACAGGCAGGAUCCAGAUCUCCUUCGGGCCUGCCAGGAGAGCGGAGUAAAGUAUGGGGACCUGGGGCUGCCCCGGGAGCUCACGUUGUGGGUGGACCCUGGAGAGGUUUGUUGCAGAUACGGAGAGCACAACCCCUGCUUCUCAGUGGCCACCUUCAGCAGCGAUGAUGAGGAUGAUAAAGACGUUGCUAAGAAGGUGACCAGUGCUCUGGAGAGGGUGACGUCUGACUACCACUCGGGUUCUUCUUCUGAUGAGGAAAGCACGCGUAGUUCCCCCCUCACUGUCCCCAAAAGCAGCGGGAGCCACCAGACCAUGAAUCCCGGAGCUCCUUCCUGGCAUCCCAGAGAGACGACGUCAGGGAAAGGUCUCAUCCUUCCAAGGCCUCACUACGGCUACCGGCCCCGGGGCAGGGCCCCCCACUCCUUUAGGAGCAACGUUUGGGUCCCUCCUGUCUACAGAGCGGGCCCCGAGUACUGGGACACAGAGCCAUACAUGGCACAUAGUUACAGUUAGGGACCUCGGUGCUUGUUGUUCACACUGGACAUUAAACCUAGAAAAACUUUGACUGACCUUUUUUUUU